UCGCGCCAUGCGUCAUCCGCUGCUUCGACCUCGACCACAUCAACACAAUCGCAAACACCACAGCUCACAUGGGAUGAGUUCCUCAAGCUCCGUCGCACUCGUCGCUUUAUCAAUCUGGGCUCGUCUGCUCUCAGUGGUGCUGCCAGUAUUGCCGUCGCCGUCCCUGCCUUUGCUGAGUUCGAGAUUGAGAACAUUGGCGCUCAGAUGACUGGCUUGGAUCCCAUGUUCAUCAUCGGCGGUAGUUUAAUGGGUGUCGGUGCUGUUGGUUGGUUGUUGGGUCCCUUCUUGGGAACUGCCUUCUUCAACGUCUGGAAGGGAAGCGUGAGGAAAGAGUUCGCUAGGAAAGACAAGGACUUCUACUCGCACAUCAAGAGAUUCCGCGCCGAUCCUGCCAGCUCAUCCGUCAACAACCCGGUUCCAGACUACUACGGCGAAAAGAUCAACAGUGUCGCCGAUUACAGGCGAUGGCUCAAGGACCAAAGAGCCUUCACCAGAAAGAAGAACAAGAACCUGCUUUGA